UCAUGCUCAACUCCCAUAUGCUGCAACAAGUAAAACUUCAGCACAUAAAACAGCCACCUCAAUUUCUCUCUCCUAUACUACCACUACCACCACUCUCAUGGAAAACCCCCUCUUCCUCUUUGCCACGGCGACAGCUGUCACGUCAGCGUAUCUCUUUUGGUUCUUUCUCCUGGCUCGUACACUCACCGGCCCAAAAGUCUGGCCCAUCGUCGGAAGCCUUCCUUCUCUCUUCGUCAACCGGAGGCGAUUCCACGACUGGGUGGCCGAAAACCUCCACUCGACGGGCACCGCAGCCACGUACCAAACCUCCACCAUUUGCAUUCCCUUUCUCGCACGCAGGCUAGGGUUCUACACCGUCACAUGCCACCCCAAGAACAUCGAGCACGUGCUCCGAACCCGGUUCGACAACUACCCUAAAGGUCCCACGUGGCAAACCGCGUUUCACGAUCUCUUGGGUCAAGGCAUUUUCAACAGCGACGGCGACACGUGGCUGAUCCAGCGCAAAACCGCCGCGCUCGAGUUCACCACCCGGACCCUGAGACAAGCCAUGGCCCGGUGGGUGAGCCGGACCAUUAAAACGCGCCUCUGGCGCAUUUUAGAGAAAGCGUCUUUCGAAAAUACCCCCGUCGAUUUACAAGACUUGUUGCUCCGCCUAACCUUCGAUAACAUAUGCGGGCUUACCUUCGGUAAAGACCCAGAGACGCUCUCCCCGGAUCUACCCGAGAACCCGUUCGCAACCGCGUUCGACUCCGCCACUGAAGCCACCCUCCAACGGUUGCUCUACCCGGGUUUCCUAUGGCGGUUGAAGAAGAUAUUCGGGUUCGGAGCCGAAUUCAGGUUAAAGAAGAGCCUCAACGUUAUGGAAAAUUACAUGAGCGACGCUCUCGAGACAAGAAAGGAAACGCCGUCGGACGAUCUGUUGUCUCGGUUCAUGAAGAAGCGAGACGUCAACGGCGACUACUUCCCGAGCUCCGUCCUCAAACGGAUCGCACUGAACUUCGUGCUCGCUGGCCGUGACACGUCGUCGGUCGCUAUGAGCUGGUUUUUCUGGCUGGUCAUGAACGACAAACGGGUGGAGGAAAAAAUCAUUACCGAAAUCAAGACGGUUUUGACCCAGACCCGCGGCAAAGAUCCACGGGCCUGGGUGGAAGACCCGUUAGUGUUCGACGAAGCGGAUAAAUUAACAUACUUAAAAGCCGCGUUGGCCGAGACGUUGAGGCUGUACCCGUCGGUGCCGGAGGAUUUCAAGUACGUUAUCUCUGACGACGUCUUGCCGGACGGGACCCACGUACCGGCGGGGUCGACGGUGACGUACUCGAUAUAUUCGGUGGGGAGGAUGGAAACUAUAUGGGGGGAGGACUGCUUGGAGUUUAAACCGGAGAGGUGGUUGUCAGCUGAAGGAGACCGGUUCGAGCCGCCCGUGGACGGGUACAAGUUCGUGGCGUUCAAUGCCGGUCCGAGGACUUGUUUGGGUAAGGACUUGGCUUACUUGCAAAUGAAGUCAGUGGCUUCCGCCGUGUUGCUGAAGUACCGGUUGGUGCCAGUUCCUGGCCACCUGGUCGAGCAGAAGAUGUCUCUCACGCUGUUUAUGAAGUAUGGUCUUCGUGUGUAUUUGCAGGCUCGUGAGCUUGUAGCAGCUCCGGGGUCUGCCUCAUUGGAAUAGGGUGAGGGCAUGAUUGUCUUUUCAAACUCUUUUUUUUUUUUUUUUCCUCUUCCAUCAAUUGUGAAUUACACAAGGGCAGCUUGAGAGUGUAGUUGCUGUGUGAAAGGGCAUAUUUGUCAUUUGGUUUGUGUUUACAUUCGGAUAUACAUAUAAUUAAAGGUAAUGUAUUAUAAGAAAA